UGGAGGAGAGGACGGGUGCAGCAUCAUGGGCGAGUGGAAGUCGUUCUUCCAAGAGUUAUGCCGAUGGGUCUCAGUACAUGACGUCACAUGACAGCCUUUCACCUCCGUACACCAACUCCAGGGUAACAGGUAAAACAGAGAGGAGUUUGUACUCAUAUGGCAGAGAGUCCAACCCACACUGCCAUCAGUCCAUACUGGGUGGUGGUGAGUUGGGCUUGGGGAGUCCCGGUGCGGCGUCACCCACUAAGCCUGCCGGUCAGUACUACCAGCACUACAGCUCCAACCCGCGGAGGAGAACGCUGCACAUGGACACCAUGGACAUUCACACAAAAAAAGUGCGGAAGGUCCCUCCUGGCUUGCCGUCCUCGGUGUACGCUCCGUCUGCCAGCACAGCCGACUACAACAGGGACUCACCGGGUUAUCCCUCCUCCAAACCUCCCAGUGCUGGCUUCCCAAGCUCUUUCUUUAUGCCAGAUGGUCACCAUAGCGGCGAUCCCUGGAGCAGCAGUAGCAGCAGUAUGAGCCAGCAAGGUUACCACGGCAGCAUGCUAGGUGGCGGGAAUUCAGCCCACGGCGCUGCUCAGAGCUCCUCCUACUGCGGGAUUCACCCUCACGACAGACUGAGCUACCCGUCUCACUCGUCUGCAGAUAUCAACUCCAGCCUUCCUCCCAUGUCCAGCUUCCACAGAGGGGGAGGUGGUGGGGGCGGGGCAAAUCACUACAGCACCGCCUCUUGCACUGCCCCUACCAACGGAACAGACAGCAUCAUGGCUAACCGAGCACAGAGCACAGCAGCCAGCAGCUCUCAGACAGGAGAUGCCUUAGGGAAAGCACUCGCAUCGAUCUAUUCUCCUGAUCACACGAACAACAGCUUCUCUUCCAAUCCCUCCACCCCAGUCGGAUCCCCACCCUCCCUCACAGCUGCCAGUUCAGCCGUCUGGUCGAGGAAUGGCGGGCAGGGAGCAUCAUCGCCAAACUACGAGGCUCCACUGCACUCUCUGCAAAGUCGCAUCGAGGACCGCCUGGAGCGUUUGGACGAUGCCAUUCACGUACUGCGGAGCCACGCGGUGGGACCGUCAACGGGUAUGGCCAGCGGUCACGGAGACAUGCAUGGCCUCAUCGGGGCCGCACACACGCACAACGGCGCCAUGGGUGCUCUGGGCAGCGGAUAUGGAACGGGGCUGCUAUCGGCUAACAGACACUCCCUCAUGGUGGGCUCUCACAGAGAAGACGGCAGCAGCGUGGGCGGUUUGCGUGGAGGACAUUCGAUGGGGGGUCAGGUGCCGGUGCCUCAGCUGCCGGUUCAGUCAGCCACCUCGCCGGACCUCAGCCAGCCUGACCCGUACCGUGCUCUGUCCGGAGGCCUUCAGGGCCAGAGCACCUCCUCCGUCAGCUCGGAGAUCAAGUCUGAGGACGAAGGAGACGAGAACCUCCUGCAGGACUCAAAGCCCCUGGACACCAAGAAAGAGGACCCCGACAGCAAGGAGCUCAAAUCUAUUGAGAGCAACAAUGACGAUGAGGACCUGACUCCAGAGCAGAAGAUGGAGAGAGAGAGGGAGCGAAGGAUGGCCAACAACGCACGGGAGCGUCUUCGUGUCCGCGACAUCAACGAGGCGUUCAAAGAGCUGGGCAGGAUGGUCCAGCUGCACCUGAAGAGCGACAAACCUCAGACAAAGUUGCUGAUCCUGCACCAGGCCGUGGCUGUCAUCCUCAGUCUGGAACAACAAGUCCGAGAGCGAAACCUGAACCCAAAGGCGGCCUGUCUGAAGCGCCGCGAGGAGGAGAAGGUCACCGUGACAUCAGACGGGACUCCCCUCUCACUGGCCGCAGCGCACCACUCCGCCGCCGCCAUGGGUGAUGGGCCGAACCCCAUGGGACAAAUGUCCAAGGUGCCAGAGUUCAUCAAGAUGAUGAGUGACCACUUCCUCUGAAGGCAUUUCCAUGACAACCUGGCAAUCAAUCAAAACUGUUGUUGCUUCAGCCUGACCAAUCAGUUUCUCUGGAACCCUAACCUGACCAAUCAGAUCAGCCUUUUUCUCUCCUCUCGUCUGUCGUCUCUGACCCUCCUCUUUGUCAUCGUCUCCUUCUUCUAUCAAGAACACAAACUGCAGAGUCACGUUAGUUGCUUUCGUCACUUUGCAUCUCCAGCUGAAGUGAACUGAAUGCUUCUUUGCGGAGACCUAAAAAAUGCCGCUGUGACAUGGCUGCUAUGAAGCGGCAGCUUUUGACACAAAGUGACAGCAAUGGACAAGUCUUUGGAAUCACACCAUCGAAGAAACUUCUUCUUGUGCUACAUGUUUUAUCAGCAUUCCCAGUUUUAAAGAACAAAAGGGUUCUAUAUAAAUAUAUAUAGUAUAUAUAUAUAU